UUCUUCAUUUUCAUCGAUCCCUGCAUUUGUUCUUCAUCGAAAUGGCGUCAAUCUACAGUUGUAAAGAAUGUAGAGCAAAUCUGAAUCUCCAAACCGGAAGUCUCUUCCCGGCGGAUUUCUACUUCGAGGCUGGAAACAAAGGAACGCUAUCAUUUGCAGCGAUUGAUUCAUCGAAGUUUCUAUUCAAGAAGGAAGAAAAACUAAUACCGUUCUUCGAAACCGUCAAUUAUUGGGGAAUCCAGAGGAAGAGGACGAAGAUCAACUGUAAUAACUGCGGUCUUCUAGUCGGAUACAUCUACGACGACGGUCCUCCUCUAACCGGCGGAAUCGGUCAGUUUGGUUUAGGACCUAGCCAGGCCAUUUCUAGGUCACCGAGGUAUCGAUUCAAGAUUAAAUCUCUUAGGAUUUCAUCUGAAACUUGAGACGAAAUUUCGAAAUUUAUCAAGCAAAUUAUGUUGUUGUAUACUGUUUGUUUCCAUUUCUGAUUCUGUAGUAUGAUGUGUGAAUUUGAACAAGAUGUUACAUUUUGCUCGUUGUUGAUGCUGGUACAUAAUAAUAUAUGAUCAUGAUAUGGUUAAAUUGAU